AUGUAUACCUAUGAUGAAGCAACGGGUAGUUUGAUGGCUUUAACAACGUCUAUCUUCACGUAUAACUGGUUUAUGCUACACGGAAAUGCGUUAACACGUGCACGUAGAGCAUUUCUUAAUGUUGCAAAUAUCUUGGAUACAUAUCAAGUUUAUAAUCGGAAAUAUGGUCAUUUCUAUCAGUCUGAUCCGGAAACACCGGGUGAUGCAGCAGAAACAUUCAAAAAAACUGUAACAUUAUCACUUGGUGAUAUUAUCAAUGAAACAACCACUGGUACAAGUGAUGAUCGAAUUAAAUUUGAAGAAGCAGUACAAAAGCAUUACACUGACGUAUAUAAAACAGUACAACGAGCGGAACGUGAAAUGAAGACAAAUACGCCAAUUGUAGAUGAAAUUGAUAUUCGUUAA